AUGGGGGCCCCUUCCCCACAAAGUCAGCAGCAGCUGGAUACGACUUUCCAAGUCGAUCCCGGGGCUUCUCCGGGGCCCCCUUUGCUUUCUUUGAGUGGGGAGACGCAGCUGCUGGAGGCUGGCGCAGCAGCAGCAGCAGCAGCAGCAGCAGCAGCACCAGCGGCGGAGGCCGUCGAGGAGCCCGAGGAUGGCGCGGCAGCAACAGCAGCAACAGCAGCAGCAGCAGCAGCAGCUGCAGCAGAAGCCGGGUCGCCGGCGUGCUGCGUGUCUGUGGCCGCUGCUGAGUCGGGGGCCCCCGGUGGGGCCCCCUCGGGGGCCCCCCUUGGGGGCCCCCCGGGGGCCCCCCCCCCGGGGGCCCCCCCGGGGGCCCCCC